AUGACUUCCGAAGCAAAGGAUGUGCAUGAGCUCACUGAUAUAAAUUCGCUUGCAUCGCAACAUGGGUCGCGAGACUCUCAUAGUGCUGGAGCCGCCACUACUCGCAUUCAAGAAGCCCCGACGAAACCACCUGCAAGACAUGCGAUAAUAGUCGAUGGUCCAUUCAGCAACAAUGCCAUACACAUGCCGCCACGAAAUCAGUUUUGGUUGCCCUUCUUCCUAAGACCAACAACUCUUCUAUCCUUCUUAAUUCUGUUCCUACUUCUAGCGGCAGUUCUGCCAAUUCUAUAUGCACUUUCAGAAAAGAGGAAUGGACUGAGAACAGCCGACCAAGACAAACGCCUGGGUUGGACAUAUGGACCAACAGCAGUGUUCACAUUCAUCGCAAUCCUCUGGAGUCAAGUAGACUACCGCUAUCGACAACUGUUCCCUUGGAAAAAUAUGCAGAGAUACAAGGGUUUCGAGAACGCAGAUACGACAAUUUUGCUCGACUACGUAUCCCCCUGGAGUAUCAACAUACUUUAUACAUCAGCGAGAAGAAAACAUUGGCUCGUAGCACUUCCGGUGUGCGCAAGUUCAAUCCUUACGAUCAUGGUCAUUCUGUCGACUGGACUCUUCUCAUUGCAAAGUACCACUGUGUCCAAUCGAGUCCUCAUGUCUAAACAAGAGACAUUUCUUUCAUCAGGUCUAAGAUUGAACUGGACCACCAGAAUAAGUGAGGCGCCAUUGACGAUAGCUUAUGGAGUUCGCUACCUGAAUCUCAGCCUGCCCCAUGGAACGACUGAGAGCUCUGUUUAUCCAAGAUUCAAUGUGUCGACGAAUGCGUCCCUGAAAUUUCAGCGUGGCGAUAUUCUGAGCAUGGAGAUGGAUGUCGUAACCUUCGAUGUGCCCUGUGAGAAUGCGAACAUUGUGUUAGGGCCUCAGCGAUUUCGACAACCCUACUGGGAAUCUAAUGUAACACUUACAACACCAGCAUGCUCUUUGACCGAAACCAUGCAGCUUGGGGGAUCACAAUUUGGAAUUGGCAACGCACCGGGAAUUUUCAACAUUUGGACUGGUAAUUGCAGCGAAGUACUGAGCGUGGGGGCCAUGACAAGAACCAACAACACCAAUGGCCAGCCUAUCCAGUAUGUAUCAAAUCAGCGAAACGAGACGGGCCGGUACCAAUUUACAGGCGUAAUCUGUGCUCCGUCGUAUAACGUUAGCCGCAAAAAAGUGUCCUAUCGGAUGAUUCCAGGCACCGCAGGUACGGAGGUAAACAUAACGGCUGUACCGGGAGCGACUGCUUCGCAAAUACCUGGCCUCACAACAUCAGAGCUCAUGAACUCUGUAUGGAGAGGCGGUGCAUAUAUCGGGUUAGCCAAUGGCUUAAUCAACGCUACAACUCCUGGCCACAUUCCUAUGGAGUUGAGCAAUAUGACAUUCCUCUCAAGCGUAAUUCGCUCCAUGCAUAGCAUCGCAGGAAUUCAAAUCAUCAAAGAGAAAUACCUCACUGAAGAGCCACAAAUUAUGGAAGGCACCGUGACGCGAGAUGAGCAGCGACUAUUCGUACGUGUGAUAGCAUUCAGCUUCCUAGAGGCCAUGUUAGUUCUACUCAUUGCAAUCACAGCCACUUUGAUCUGGAUGAAACCACCAAGAGUGGUCCCUCGCAGUCCUGGUUCGAUUGGAGGUUGUGCAGCACUUCUGGCCCAGAGCCAUGUAUUUACAAAGCAUAUGGACAAUCUCGGAUCUAUCCAGCAACACGAUCUAGAGCAACAUUGUCGAACACGGAAGUACCGUGCGUCAUUUAGCUUAUCCGAAGGACAGCAAACCUUUGCGGUUCAUGUAAGUGAUACGAAUGCCCAAAAAGGAUUAAGGCCAGGCUCUUCGACGUUCACAGAACCGCCAAAAUGGUGGCGACCUUUCACUGCCUCUACACGCACUCGUAUCAUUGUUGUGGUUCUGCCCAUCUUAGUUAUUGUGGCUGUCGAACUGUUGCAUCGAAGAUCACAGUCCUCGGGUGGCAUUACGCGGGUUUCACCAUCGAGCCAAAAGCAAGAAUAUGCGUGGACGUAUAUUCCUGCCAUCUUCAUGGUAACCAUUCGCCUACUUUUUGAUACUGCAGCCUUCACGAUAAAGUUGUUCCAGCCUUAUUCAAACCUCCGCCGAGGCGGUUAUUCAACAUCCAAAACCGUGCAACUCGAUCAACUCGGCAAAACGUCGAUACAGACCUUAUGGGAGUCGUUCAGGAUGCGACAAAUGUCGGUCGCAGCCAUUUCUGCUGCACUCUUGGUUGGUCCGUUCCUUACUGUGAUUGUGAGCGGACUCUAUUCCAUUAGUCCAACAGAGACACUAAAGUCGGUCACCGUGAAACAAACUAGUGCUUGGAACACUUCUUUCGUUAAAAACGGUUAUCUAAGGCAACUGGAUAAUCGCCAAAGCAACUUCGCGCAGGUCAGACCAGGAUUAAUUCUCACUGCAAACCUUUCAUAUCCAAAAUGGACUUAUGACACCUAUGCACUGCCGACAGUCGAGUUACAAGAAGACAAUGAUACUUUGAAAGGGGCAAUUCCCUGGUCCACCGGCGGCGUCCUUUCAGUGGUGUUGCCUGCAGUUAGAAGCUCGCUCAAAUGUGAAAGCGUGCCAGAAGAGUUAGUCAAAAUCGGGUUUCUGUUGCACAGCAACUUUGUUAGUCUGUCUACUACUGAUGCGAUACCGGCUAAUUGUCCCAAACUUGAUCGAUGGAUUUGUAGCGACAACACAGGAUCUGACGGCGAACUUCGUCUGAAACCAGGAGAUUACUUUGACUGCUAUAGUCAGUAUAUAUUCCCUGCAAACAGUUCGAUCCAUGCUAUCGAUUCACGAUGUCCAACAACUGGGUACGCGUUGGGAAGAUUGGCCUCAUAUUAUCGGGAGGAAAACGUCAGUGUGCUGCACUGCCACCCCGUAUUCGAGCAAAUGGAUGUUGUCGUGAACUUGACAACACCCAGCUUCGACCUAGAUCCGAUGCAACCUCCUCGUCCAAUUGAGAGUACAGUCAGAAUGUUAUGGGAUGCAUAUCCUAUGGUCGGUGGUGGAAGCAGUACGUUUUUGAACAAUGAAAGAGGAGCCAAUACCGAUACACUGAGUCCUUGGAUGAAGGCCGCUAUCUAUGGCCUUGAUGGGGUGCCUAUCGAGGAAAUCAUGGGAGCAGAGAAUGCCAACAAGCUAGCACAACGGCUCAAUCGAGUUAUUGAAAUUAUGGCAGCGCAGCAGUUGAACUUGUGGGCGCGCGCCAUACCCCCAUUCGAUGAUGCACGGAAUACCGAAGUCGUUCCAUCAAAUGUUCUAAGCUAUAACGCCACUUUAUCCUUCUCGGAUGGGUCGAAGCUGACCCAGCACACUGUUUCCACACGCCUGCUACAAGGAUUCCUCAGCUUCAUGACUGUUUGUGCGAUUAUCGCUUUCUCCAAACAGAGUACGCGUGGUGUUCUGCCUUACAAUCCAUGCAGUAUCGCGACCACGGCAUCAUUUAUUGCAGGGUCAAAACUACUCAGUGCAGAUACACUUCCUCCUCGGUCAGAGUGCAGUUCCGAGAAAGAAUUGUCGAGGCUACUGAGUGGACAUCAGUAUAGCUUGGGAUGGUGGAAGCGCGGUGAAAAACUGCAAUUUGGAAUUGACAUUGGCGAUUACCAUGUCAAAGAUAUUGCAGAGGAGCCUCUUCAAGACGGUAACGACAGUGUGCUCUUCAGUAUUGAGAUAACGUCCUUACGGGUGAUGAAAUGGAAGCAAUCAUCAUUAAUGGCCGCUGUGUAA